AUGUGUCCCGCUCCGCCUCUUCGCUUGAUUUGUCGAGUGCAGAGGAAGGAGAGCAACACCCCGACCUGGAGUUUUACUUGGGGUCUUCUGUUCAUUCAGGGUGGGAUCAUUCCCCCUCUGAGCAAACAGGAGCAACACCCCCUUAACCCGAAUGUUGAUUCCUCAGGUGUGUCUGCCUCCGGGGGUGAAGAUCUUCAGCAGGUGUGGCGAUCUCUGAGUCUUCUGGGCACUUCGAGUAUACAGGGGCUGAUUCAUCAUCUGGCUGCAGACCCAGUCACUCACGGGGUGGAGACAAGGAAGACCGUCUCAACACCAGGUUAUGCUGCUCCAUCGCACUUGGUGUACAUCCAGCACAUGACUACGGUCAUCCCUUCAGCUGUGAUACAAGCUCUGCUGCCAUACGUGCCCCGGAGGAAGAUGGUUCCUCCUCCACCUGGUUUUGCUGUCCUCGCCCCGCCCCCUGACUUCGAGUGCCCAAAGAGCUCCACCUUGGAUCGUCCUCCUGUAGCUAUCACCGUACCUGCUGCCUCUGUUCCUGCCUGUGGAAGUGCUGCCACUCCCGCAGGUCCCUCUGGACAGGUGGAGUUGGGCCGUGUUGCCACCGCAACUGCCCCAGCUCCAUCCUGGAUGGAGGACCUGUCUGUUGUCCUGAGGAAGUUGGUGAAGAAAAAAGAGAUGGUGGACACUGCGGUGGAAAAGUGGAGAACUGAGGACAGUGACUGCUUAGUACACCAGGCAGUUACAAAGACUUCUGGCCAGUCUCGUUCAACUGCUGCCAAGCCUUGGAGCUUGGCUAGUGCUUCCUACGCUCCUAAGACGUCAGCACCGUCGAGGGUAGCGCAAGCUGUCGCAAAUAACAGCAUACACAUUGUGGAGCUAUUGCUUGAUGCAGGAGCAGAUCCCAAUAGAAAGGACUAUCAUUUUGGGCUCCCUCUGCAUGUAGCAGCAGAAAAGGGUUUAUUAGAAAUAGCUCAACUCCUAAUAAAACAAGAUUCUGAAUUCAACUGGACAGACGAUGCUGGCCGAACUGUGCUUCAUGCCCUACUGUUUCCUCCACUUGUGCUCGAUACUCUCAUACCUCUGAUUAAUUUAUUCAUCAACAGAGGAUGUGAUGUCAAUGCCAGGAUGACAGAUGGCACAACUCCCUUAAUGUUAGCAGUCCAGUGUAAUGCCAAAGAAGCUGUUUUGAGACUGUUAGAUUGUGGUGCUGACCCCAACAUCAUCAAAGUCAAUGGCAUAAUGGCUUUGCAUUAUGCUGUUGAGUUUUGUCCUGACUCAGAAUUCACAGAUGAAAGUGACAUGGAAGCCCAACAGGAACAUCCCAGCAUCUUGGUGAACAUCUUGGAUCUAACAUCUAGGGACUUGAUCAUUCCGCAUUCCUGGAAACCAAUAAAAUAUUCCAUAUUUCAUUUAGCUAUUGAGUGGUACAGAUCUCAUCUUCCUCUUGUGAUAAAUCUCGGGACUGAAGUAGAUACACCUCUGGGGUUCCUUCUGUCAAAACCAAUCGAUGAAAAGAGAGCAGCCGUUGCAAAGUUCAUGAUUGACAAAGGUAGUAAUUGCAAUCCAGCGACACCAAGUUGCCUACCACCUCUUGUGGCAGCAGUGAAGCAUCAGCGUGCAUCUUACGAUCAAAACUGCCCCAGCCUGGAAGUUGUGGAAUAUCUACUCAAGAACGGAGCAGAUAUUUUACAUAAAGUAAAAAAAUCAGAUGCAUUACCUGCAUCACUUCACAUAUCCUCUUUAUUCAACGUUAGUGCCUUCUUUACACUGCUACAGUGGGGGUUUCCUGUUCAUGAAGUCUAUACAAAAGAGGCCCUUGAAGAGUUGUCUCAGACAUAUUCUUCAUCAAGUGACAUGGAAGCCCAACAGGAACAUCCCAGCAUCUUGGUGAACAUCUUGGAUCUAACAUCUAGGGACUUGAUUCAUUCCGCAUUCCUGGAAACCAUAAAAAUUUCCAUAUUUCAUUUAGCUAUUGAGUGGUACAGAUUUAACACCUUGAAAUUACUUAUUAAAAAAGGCAUACCACCUGAUGCCUUUCUCCAAGAAACAGCAAAUGCAGUACUCGAUGAGGCAGAUGUCAGAUUGUUUCUUCAGAUUGUUUUUCUUCUGCUUUUUUCCAGAAAAUCAGAUGCAUUACCUGCAUCACUUCACAUAUCCUCUUUAUUCAACGUUAGUGCCUUCUUUACACUGCUACAGUGGGGGUUUCCUGUUCAUGAAGUCUAUACAAAAGAGGCCCUUGAAGAGUUGUCUCAGACAUAUUCUUCAUCAAGGUACUAUGCCAUUUACCCUCUCUUCCCGUGGCGAGUGAUCUCAUGGUUAAAUGUCUUGAAUAUGUUUGUUCCUCAGCUUCCGUUAGAUACAAAAGAAAUAUUUGACAUUGGAAGGAUGGUGGAUGACGAACACUUAACGACUGCCUGGAAUAAUUUAAACAAUUUGAUUGAAUCCCCCAAGGAUUUGCAGUCUUUGUGUGUUUUGGCCGUACGCCGUGCAAUAGGGGAAUGUAGAGGAUGGAGUAAUUUAUCAUCUCACAUAGCAAAAUUACAGUUUGCCAACGCUCCAUUGCCACAAAUAAUUAUGGAGCGUUUACAGUUUAAACAGAUCCAGAAAGCUCAUCUCUUUCAGUAUCCUCCUCUCAAUGUCAUGCCAAACUACUGUGUGCCAGAAUCUUUAGGUGAUGAAAGUGGGGAGGAAGGUCUCGAAAGUGAGGAUGAAAAUGAAGAGGAAAAUCUGGACAGCCCUCAGUCCUACUUAUCGCAUUCGGAACCAGAGGAUGGGUUGCCAGUGGACGAGGAUGUUGACAAUGAAGAGGGAAAUACUGAUAAUCCUGGGGCAGACGAAAGCAUUGACAACAAAGAAAAGGAGGAAGAUGGCUCAGAAAGCCAUAUGUCUGAUGAUGAAAAUCUUGCAAGAUUGAGUUGUGACAGUGAAGGAAGUGGUAAGGAUAGCUUUAGUAACAGUGGAACGAAAAGGAAGAGGCCAUGAAAUGGUAAUUAAGCCUUGCUUAUGCAGAAAUGUACCUAAAAGAAAAAGGCCAUGAAAUGGUAAUUAUGGCUUGCAUGAGUUGAACAAAGAGUAAAAGGCCAGAAGCUCUAAUGUGAGCUAAUUUAGUAGCAGUUGACCAAAAAGGGAAAUGUGUAAUUAUAACUAGACUAAGUGGAAGGGAGUUAAGGAAAAUAUCAGUUACUUCAAAAUAGCUUGAGUGGAAGUGAAUUACUGGAAAAGGUAAAUGCAAUAGUAGAUCUGUUUAGAGCUGUUGUAAGAGGAAAGUACAAAAAUGCUUAUGAAACCCAACAUUAAUAUUUCAUAAUAUCUUUUAAUACCAUUGUAUAACUGCAGAUUCAUCUGAAAAAGACAACAAAUUGGAGAACAAAUUUUGUUAAGAUAUUUACAUACAGUUUCAGAGCGUUAUGCCCAACUCAUACAUUGACGAUUCAAGACUGCGCACAUCGAAACGGCCAAAAAUUUGCUCAGUACGACGCCAUUACGAUGUGGUUACAACCAAGAUGCCAACAAUUGCCAUGAAUAAUAACCGUGUCACCGAGUUUAGCAAUGUGUGCCAACACAUGCCA